AUGGCUGUUUCAUCAGAAUCAGGAGACAGCACUGAGUGUGUUGCGGAGGAAGCGUCUCUGAUUCUGGACGAGAUGGCUCACCGUCUACAGCUCAGCACCGUUCGUUUCUUUGUCUUUACGCUCAGCAAAGCCUUCAAGAGACUCUUCCGCAGUGUGUGUGUCAAUGAAGAGGGCAUCCAGAGACUCCAGCAGGCUGUACAGGAACACCCGGUGGUUCUUCUGCCCAGCCACCGAAGUUACAUGGACUUCCUGAUGAUGUCCUACUUACUCUACAUGUACGACCUUCCCCUGCCUGUGAUCGCAGCUGGAAUGGAUUUCAUGAGCAUGAAGUUUGUUGGUGAGAUGCUGCGCAUGUCGGGAGCUUUUUUCAUCCGUCGGUCGUUUGGCGGUGAUAAACUUUACUGGGCUGUGUUCUCGGAGUAUGUGAAGACCAUGCUGAGGAAUGGAUAUGCCCCGAUUGAGUUCUUCUUGGAAGGAACUAGAAGCAGGACAUGCAAAUCUCUCACACCAAAGACGGGGUUGUUGAAUAUUGUGAUGGAGCCGUUUUUUAAAGGAGAGCUAUUUGAUGUGAACCUGGUUCCUGUCAGUAUCAGCUACGAGAGAAUUCUGGAAGAAUCUCUGUACGCCCGUGAGCUGCUCGGCAUCCCGAAGCCCAAAGAAUCAACCUCAGGUCUGUUGAAGGCCCGGCGGGUCUUGAGUGAGGACUAUGGCAGUAUGUAUGUGUACUUUGGUCACCCUGUAUCUGUGCGCAGUCUGACAGAGGGAAAAAUAACCCGCUCUCAGUACAACCUGCUGCCCAGGUGCAUUCCUCAGAAACCCAGCGCAGACACCCAUGAGUUUCUGAACGACGCUGCGUUCCGACUGGUGCGCAUCCAGGAGGAGAACAUGGUUCUUAAGCCCUGGGUUCUUAUUGCCACACUGCUGCUACAGAACCCUGAUGGCAUGGACCUCUCCUCUCUCGCAGAACAGACAGACUGGCUCAGACACCUGGCAUUGGCAUUUGGAGCAUACUUGGACUGGCCUGAUCAUGAGGCCUGCAGUGAAGUCAUCAGCUGUAGUUUAGCUCUGCACAGACACCUGUUGAGUGUGUCUGCAGGCCACGUUCAGCUGAGUGUCACGGAUGCACCGCAGGUCGAGAGCACACCAGAGGAAGCUGUGUUUCACCAAGCGGUUGUUGUGCUCUCUUGCGCCUCCUACAGGAACCAGAUCCUACAUGUGUUUCUGAGACCUGCUCUGUUAGCAGUGGCCAUGCAAAGUGCAAACUCCAACAGAAAAGACGACGUCUACAACUGUUUCAACUUUCUGAGAAACAUGUUCUCCAAUGAAUUUAUUCUUUGCCCUGGGGACUCGGUUCAGGACUUUGAAGAAGCGUGUUAUUUGCUCAUGAAGCGUGGAGUGUUGCAGGUAUUGGAGCAUGAGAUUGUGAUGUCAGCAAGCGGUCACAGCACCCUCGCUUUCCUGUCUUCGGUUCUGGACCCCUUCCUGCAGGGAUACCAGGUGGUGAGCCGCUAUCUGUGUGAGGAGACUAAUGAGAACCUGACGGAGAAGGAGUUUAUUCCUGCUGUGAGGAAUUUUGCACUGAAACUCAUAUUAGCAGGCCGUCUGAAAUGUUAUGAAGCUUUAUCCUCCGACCUGCAGAAGAACGCUCUAGCAGCUUUUCUGAGGCUCAAAGCCGUGAGGAAGGUCAAAGUAGGAGAUCAGGUGACGCUGAAGGUAAACAAGAUUGCAGUGAACUCAUUGGAGGAUACGCUGGGAGGUAAAAUUCCUACCCAGAAGCCCAUCCUCGCUCGACUGUAGUCGUAUACGCACACGUGGAGUCUCUGGAGGGCCAAACCAAACUAAACUGCCUUCAUUAACAUAAUGCCAAAUUUUGCAAGGUGGCAUGGCUUCGCUGACUACAAAGGUUACCUGUCAUCGAGCUUUAAAGGGACGUCACGGGUUUGCCAUCUGGGACGCCCACGUUACGCUAGAAACACUCUUUUUAUCUCUCUCCCUCUCUGACAAGCUUGACAGCAGGUUGCCGUGUCUGUGAUCAGCUUUCGAUCUUCACCGUGUCUUUAUCAGACGAGUUUUAAACUGCUCUAAAGUUGCCAAGUAGAUGAAGACAGUGACACUUUAGAUUUUUUUUUCUUUUUUUUUUUUUCCGCAUUUGAACGUCCUGUUACCACCGUUUGUAUGUUUUAUCUACGUCUGCACUAAAGAGCCUUCGCUUUGAUUUGAAACACUGUUACUGUUUGUUCUCACUGGAUAUGUUGAUUUCUCUAGAUAUGGCCGUCUGUUGCAUUUGCUACGGAUCAACGUUUUUAGGGAUCAUGUUACAAAAAUAGAUCACUCGAAAGUGUGUUAACUCCUUCAGAGCUAAAGAAAAAUUGUCUUUUUGUAUCUGCUCUUAUAAAAGAAACUUGUAGUUAAAGGAACAGUUCACUCGAAAAAAAAAAAUUGCUGAA